UGAAAUCUUUUUUUGCUAAGUUGUAAUAAGGAAAUAAUUUUCUUAAAGAAAAAAAUUCUUUUAGAAAUUUUCGUUGUUGUUGUUUAUUAUUUGAUAAACACUUUUGAACUUGUUUUUUUUUUGCUGUUGGUAGUUGUGGUUUUGAAAACGAAAAGAUCACUUCCCAUUAUUGUCGUCAACUUGUGUUAAAUUAGGACGUUUUUCUAAAGGAAUUUACUUGUGCGAGUGUGUAAGUGCUUUAUGUGAGAGUUUGCAUGUGUUUAUUAACAUCCAUUGAGAGGAUUUAUUAUUAAAACUAUUGUGUUUUAAAUGUGGAGUUCUUGACACUAAUAAAUCAAUAAUAAAGGCGGUUUAAUAGAAAUUAAUAAAUAACAUAAACCAUGAGUUUAACGUGGCUGUGCUUAGAAAACACCUCAAAAAUAGUUUUAUUUUUAAUUGCAUUUACGGUGUUGAUAGCACACACAACAUGUACAACAGCAACAACAACAAACAAAGAUACUGCCACAACACAUGCGGAAACAACACAUAUCAAUACACUGGCAGAUGAAAUAGAAAAGGAAGAAUUUGUUGAUACAGAUUCCCAGCAGCCACAUUCACGUAGAAAACGUUUAGUAUGGAUUACAGAUGAUGGACGUUUGGCAUUGCCGCCAGGCACUACAUUAACAUUUACCCCCACCAUAGCUUUACCAUUGGUCAGACAUCCUCCGGAGGGUUUCUUCUCAAACAUGUCUAUCAGUUUUCCCGUAACAAUUGAUUUCGAUAAAUUGGGUUUGACCGACAAUCAAAAUCCUUUGGGUGAUUUGCCACCUAUAUUUUCACGUUCAUUUGGUCAUUCGGCGGGCGAAAUGUUGGGCAACUACAUGACUAAAUAUUUACAUUUCAAACGGAAACGUGAUUUAAGCGAACAACAAAAACAAUAUACACAAUCGAGAAAUUCUAAUUUCAAUAUCAAGGAACAUGUUAAUGAUGAUCAUGUUGAUUUGCCUCAAUUGCCAGAACGUUUUAAACAUAUAUUCCAUGGCGGUGAAAGAGUAAUUUUAUAUGGUGUAGUAGAAGAUUUUCUCUCUACAUUCGGCAUGAAUGGCAAGGCAUGUCUGUUGCGCACGAUCUGUGAGGUUCAUUCGAGAAAAAUCGAUCAUUAUGGUGUGUUCGGUGAAAUGGCAAAAUUGUUCUUGACUGUUACAAGAUCACCUUUUUCGGAUCUGAUACCAGAAUAUGUAACAGCUCAAGAAAUUGGUGAAGGCCGUACAGCACCCGGGGAAUGUUUCCCAUAUCACAAAGAAUGUCCCAGAAGUGUAUUUAAAGUUCUGCAAACUCAUAAAUACAGAGAACCCCCUAAAGGUGAAUAUCACGAGCAAGAGGCAGUAGAAAUAACCAAACCCCAACUACCCGAAAAUUUAUCAGCUGCAGAAAUUUUAGAACAACAAGUUACAGAAAUGGUAAAUCCUGUAGACAAUGAAAUUGAGGAAACUCAAUACAAUAAAGCCAAAAGUAAUAAUCAAUAUUCCAUGUAAAGUUUGUAAAAUAUUAAAAAAAACAAAUAAUACUUGAACCAAGAAUUUAAAAUAUGAAACAUAAUAUAUAUUUUUGUGUU